ACUAUCAUAUAGCUACGCGUUGUCGGAUAGUGGCUACGCGCAAGCCGUAUAACGCAUUUAUAACGCGAUUCGAGACGUAUUACAUCCGAAAUAACAGUGAAUACUAUCGCUUAAGUGCUUUGUUGACAUUAUUGGACGUAUUUACGAGCGUACUGCCAGUGAACAUUGUGAUUUAGCAAAAAGGCGGGCAAAAAUCAGUGCAAGUGACGAUUACGAGGCUAUUUAUAGACGGACGCGGGGCAAGAUAAAGCUGUAUUUAUUGACAUAAGAAGUGUGUGGUGUGAAAUAAACAUUGUAGACUGUUGUCGUGACUGCAUUAGAGUGAUUUCAUUUCCAAUAAGACUAUUUUUCUAUGAAGAAAACGAAACCGCGAAACUAGUUUGACAGCUCACGGAUGCACACAAACACAGAUUGCGGCUUUGCGCACGUGUGAGUGUGCCGUCAGUUUAGUGAUGUGAAUAUCUUGCGCUUAUCGAUUCAAUCCGAUUAAAUAUAUUUCAAGGACGAUUGUUAAUAUUGGUGGGAUAUGUAACAAUAUGUAUAACAUUGAAUGAUACAAAUUGAGUAAGAAAACAUAUAUUUUAAUAUAAUUAUGGAGACGACUAGACCUGAUAGUCAAAAAACUGAGGAACCGGCUUCUGCAAGAGUUUCUUCCUCAAGUUCUAAUCAACUAUUUAUAGCAGACACUUUAGACUUGCCUGACGACACAUUUCGUAUGAGUCUGGAUAGUUAUUCAGUUAUCGGCGAAAAUGUAACUAUAGGAGACAGGAACUCUUCCAUAGAUAUAGAGCCAGCUGGGUUGGUUAAAACUGCUUCAACGCCGGCCGUUGAAACACCUGAAACUCCAAUUGUCGAGCCGUUUACUCCGCCCCCUGAAACUCCUAUUGCUGAUCCUUGCACGCCACCCCCAGAACCGUUGGCUAUUGUAGAAACUCCGAAGAUAAACGAGCAAGAUAAAAUACAAAGAACGCAGAAUUUGUUGAAGUUGUCGCUCAUCAAGAACACCGAUAAUGUUUUCGUUAAGCCGUCUCCAGUUAUGGAGGUAAUGUCGCCGGCAAGAAUGCUACAGUUCGAAGUGGACGCGUGCGCGACGCCUACAAUGAAAAGAGCUGCAAUCAAUUUCGAUUUCUUUAAACAGAACAAAUUUGAUGAAUACUUUGACGAUGACGACGAUCCUAAACAAGAAAUGGAAGAGAAGGAAAAAGUUGAGGUUUCUAAAGAUCCCAAACCAAAUGAGAAGCCGUUUGAAGAGGCUGCCGUUAUCGUAAAGGCCAAGGACACUAUACGACAUGAAAUUGGUUAUGUCAAUCUAAAUGGACAAUCAAAAGUGGACAUAUCACAUUUCGACCUGCUCAAAGUCCUCGGCACAGGAGCGUACGGCAAAGUUUUUCUAGUAAAAAAGAGAUGCGGCGUCGACGAGGGCAAACUAUACGCGAUGAAGGUGCUCAAAAAGGCUUCCAUAGUGCAGAAACUAAAAACGGCAGAACACACCAGGACGGAGAGACAGGUCCUGGAAGCAGUGAGAGAGUGCCCGUUCCUGGUCACGCUACAUUACGCCUUCCAGACAGACUCCAAACUACACCUCAUACUUGAUUACGUUGCUGGCGGGGAGCUGUUCACACACCUGUACCAAAGGGAGCAUUUCUACGAAAAUGAAGUUCGGAUAUACAUCGCCGAGAUCAUACUCGCGCUCGAGCAGUUACAUAAGCUCGGCAUCAUCUACCGCGACAUCAAACUGGAGAACAUCCUUCUGGACGCCGAAGGUCACAUAGUGUUGACUGACUUCGGCCUCUCCAAGGAGUUCUGCGGCGGAGAGAGCAGAGCGUACAGCUUCUGCGGGACCAUCGAGUAUAUGGCGCCAGAGGUGGUCAGGAGCGGCAGUCAGGGGCAUGAUAUCGCGGUAGACUGGUGGUCGGUCGGCGUCCUCACCUACGAGCUCCUCACGGGGGCUUCACCGUUCACUGUCGAAGGCGAGAAGAACACACAGCAGGAGAUCACAAAACGCAUAGUGCGGUGUAGCUACCCCGUGCCUACGGAAGUCAGUCCCGAAGUCCAGGACUUUAUUAAAAAAUUGCUAGUGAAAGACCCGCGGCGGCGUCUCGGAGGCGGAGAGAGCGAUGCCGACGAACUGAAGAGGCAUCCAUUUUUCCAGAACCUCGACUGGGACGCGGUGGCGCGCCGCGAGAUCCCCGCGCCGUUCGUGCCCGCGCUCGAGCACGCCGCGGACACGCGCAACUUCGCCGACGAGUUCACGCGCAUGCCGCCCACCGACUCGCCCGCGCAGGCGCCCAAACACAGCGACAAGCUGUUCCUCGGAUAUUCGUACGUGGCCCCAAGCAUCCUAUUCUCUGAAAACGUGAUAUCAGACCAGAUAUGGAUGCAAGCUACGGGACAGAAGCACGACAAACUCAAAGGAUGGGUUGCCAAGGACUCUCCAUUCUUCCAAAAAUACGCCGUGGACCUAAGUACGCCGCUGUUAGGCGACGGGACCUAUUCCGUCUGCCGGAAAUGUAUACACCGCGACACCGGGAAAGAAUAUGCUGUUAAGAUAAUCUCAACUCAGAAGAAAGACAUCAAACAGGAAAUCGAACUACUAAAAGCAUGCCAAGACUGCCCCUACAUCAUAACGCUUCACGAAGUCGUACAGGAUUCGGCGUUCACGUACAUAGUGACAGAGCUAGCGACAGGCGGUGAACUGCUCGCUCACAUCGGGCCGAGCGGCAUUGGCGAGCGAGUGGCGCGACGACUGUUAGCGCAGCUAGCGUGCGCAGUCAGACACAUGCAGCGGCGGCGGGCUGUGCACCGCGACCUUAAACCAGAGAAUAUAAUGCUGACGACGUGUCGUCUGCACGAGGCCAAGGUGAAGGUGGUGGACUUCGGGUUCGCGCGGCGCACGCCCGAGUGCGAGGAGCGCUCGCGCAUGAUGACGCCGUGUUUUAGCCUGCCGUACGCGGCGCCGGAGGUGGUGGCGCGCGCUCGCUCGGGCGCGGCGCCGGGCUACAGCGCCAGCUGCGACAUGUGGAGUCUUGGAGUUAUCUUCUACUGCAUGUUGUGCGGCAAGGCGCCUUUCCAGCCGGCCUCUAAGAAAGAACCCAUCACCUCAUACAUGGACCGCAUCCGACAAGGCAGCUUCUCCAUGGACGGUCCAAUAUGGGAGGCCAUAUCGAGCGACAGCAAGCGCCUCGUGGCGUCCCUGCUGACCCGCGACCCGCUCCGCCGGCCCUCGCCCGAGGACGUCCUGGCCGCGCUCGGCGUGCACGACGACCAGAGCAGCUUCAAGCUGGCCGACAUGACCAAAGCCGAGCUCUACAAACGCCGAAGCAAGAACAAGCAACGAUCAUCCUCCGAGACGGCCGCCAGCGACGCCCCCGAGUCCGAGUUGAUGCACACCAUCAACACCAUCAAGAGCAGGGACAACAACUCCAUAGAGAAUGACGUGGAGCUGAUCAAAGCCAACACUUUGGAUACGCCCGUGGUGGAGGAAGGCAAUCAUGAGGAUACCGAUGAGGUACCGAGCGUCAAACCUGUAGAAAAAACCUACUCCAAAUCCAGAUCAAAACUAGACGAUUACAUCUACAUCGAGAGCAGCCAGGGCCUCGACGGCACGGAGGUCGCCUUCCCCAAGACUAGUCGCGCCAAGAAACCCAAGGAGCCCUCUCCAGUACCGAGGAAACGGAGAAAAGUUGACAAACCUGAACCUAAACCUAAAGAAGGAACAAACACUAGGGAGCUGCGUAGCAAGGACAAGCCGAGCCCUAGCAGACCUAAAGAAUCCAUAGAGAACGAGAAAGCAGUAACAAGAGUCACUAGGAAAAGGAAAUAUGAUGAGAUGGUCAGCUCCAAACCUGUGCUUAGAGAAAAAGGCCAAAACGGGAGACAGUCCAAAAAUAGCGUUGAAAAAGAGGCUACUAGGAAAAUCGCGCGGCGGAAGAAGAUAGCACCAUUAAAAAUAGACGUUCAAACUAACAUCAGAAUGACACGCUCCAGAAUGAGACGGCUAGAGGUCAGUCUGUCUCCCUCUCAGGUCAAAACCAUCGUGCCGGCUUUCUCGUUCGAGUCGGAUAAGAGAGUUGAGUCGUCAGAAAGUAACUCUACUAAGAGGACGCGUAAAUCCAAAACGAGUAAAGCUAAACCUACCGUCCGAGCUACGCGCUCCCGCGCCAACCGGAGGUGAAUGUUAGAUACUAUAGGUACACGCUAAACUUUCCAGCUAUGCAGGGUGAAAUUUUAAUCACUAGCCAUACUCUGCAUAGUGACUUUAUACUGAACUUUUUUUUUAUAUUUAUGUUAUGGAGAUCCAACAGCUAUCUAUACAGAGUAUCCCAAAUUAAUAAGAGAUGGAGAGCCAAUUACAGCUGUUACAGUUAAUUACAGCAGAUGUAGCUACAGAUUAUUACAUUCAAGAUUACAGAUUAUUAUUUAUAUUAUAGGCGGUUUUCAGAUAAAAAUGGUACAUAUUACUUUUUUUCGAAAAACCAUCGACUUUUGGGUUAUUUAGACUUAGAAUCACGAGUACUAUUGAAUGAGAUAAAGAAAAAAAGUAUCUCCAGUUUUUCAUACAAAUUUUGGGCGUCAGUUUUGUAAUGGUUCAUACAAAAUGUAUGUGAAAAUGCGUUACAAAACUGUAAUUUUUUUUGGGAAACCUUUUUUCUUCUUAAAUCGAUAGUCCUCGUGAUUUUGAGUAGAAAUAACCCAAAAGUUAUCGGAUUUUCAAAAAACCGGGCAAGUGCGAGUCGGACUCGCGCACGAAGGAUUCCGUACCAUAAUGCAAAAAAAAACGGAAAAAAAUGAAAAAGAAAACGGUCACCCAUCCAACUUAACUUUGGUCAAAAAUCACGUUUGUUGUAUGGGAGCCCCAUUUAAAUAUUUAUUUUAUUCUGUUUUUAGUAUUUGUUGUUAUAGCGGCAACAGAAAUACAUCAUCUGUGAAAAUUUCAACUGUCUAGCUAUCACGGUUCGUGAGAUACAGCCUGGUGACAGACAGACGGACGGACGGACGGACAGCGAAGUCUUAGUAAUAGGGUCCCGUUUUACCCUUUGGGUACGGAACCCUAAAAAAAAAUGGUACAUUUUUUAGUGAAAAUGCCCAUAGGAAAAUUUGUCUGUCCCAUACAAAUCAGCGGCAUCACUUCAGCCGGAAUGUGUGAAACAGUUAAUCUUUUUCGCGAUUUCGGCAUUGGGCCCAUAAUAACAGUUGUUCAGUAUGACCUAUAACUCCUAUAAGAUCACUAGGUAGAUGGCUAGUGAUUAAAAUUUCACCAUGUAUUGUAGACCUUAUGCGAAUUAAUAUAAGGUUUACAAGGUAAGCUGGGGUGUUAGUGUUUGGCCUACAAUAGUAUAGCAGGGCUUAGCUAGUAUAAUUGGCCGCGAGUCUCGCACUGCAUUAAUAUCCAGCCGAUGAACAUCUGAAAGUAACUUGGAAAUAAAUCUUACAGGUUAACCGGAGAUAUAUGUGACGUUCCACGGGUAAAGGUACCUUAUGGCGUACUACUGCGGUCCUACGCGACGCCAUAAGGUACCUUUAUCGUGGAACGUCACAUAUGUUUAAUUGUAGCCUAUGUAAGUUUCCGCUGCCACGAUUGGCUGACCAAACAAUAAUACUUGCAGUGCGUAGAAUCGCGUGAACAGUGAUAUAGUAAGGACGCAAAGCACGAAUAUUUCGUACAUUGACUCGCCUCUUCUUAUCUCAAACGCACGCGCGUGUGCUGUGCACUGUGCGAGCGCGACAACUAUAUAAUUAUGGAUGUGUUAUAGAAAUAGAAUCAGGCGGGUCAAUGUACGACAUUCUCCGUGCUUAGCGUCCUUACUUUAGCCUUACACAGACAGCAUUCGUGAAUUAAGAAAAAUGUUUUCAAGACAGUAAUAUCGAAUCUGACCUUUAAUUUCUGACGAUUUCAUUUCCGUUAUGAUAGUAACUUUACAAUUCUUCGACUUAACUUUAUUUUUUAUGUUAUUUAUUCUUUCGAUUCUUGUUUUUUCUUCCUUUGGAUGGUAUUCAACCUGUCCAAUAGCUUUGUCCAAUGUGUAUUGCGUCUCACAUUUUGCUUAAUGAGAGAGUGAGAUGCAUUGCCAUUAUAGUCCGUUUUUUUUAGCAUUAGAAAGAACUUCGCAGAAGUUCGCUUGUGGUUCUAAAUCUGGCACUUUUAGCGGUAACAAUUUGAAGUAAAUUAUAUGUAUUGACCAUACUACAUUAGAUAAUUCAAUAAUUAUUAACAAUUAACGAGCCUGAUAGAAACUGCACGCUUGCUUCUGCGGAGUUCUUUCUAAUGCUAAAAAAACGAACUAUAGACAAAGAAAUUGGACAGGUGGAAUACUACCCUUACUAAAACGGGUCGGUUCAUGAAAAAGGUUGACAAACACUGCUCUAGAGAACACGAUUUCAAGUCAACAAAAUUUUUAAUAAAUCGCUGUUUGUGAUCGACUUUUUACCGAUAUAUGGUUAUAUAUAUUUGUCAUUGCUAGAAUGAGAUGGUAAUAUACACUUCUCAUUCUAACAAAGGUAAGUUGCUUUCUUGAUCAAACAUAAAUGAAUCGUGAAUAAAUCCGCAUAAAUGUACUUGGAAGUUCUCAAUUUAUAUGUUUUUUUUUUUAUAAAAUAGAAUGUUGCCAGUGUAAGGCAGGCCACUAGCGCCCCCUAACCUCCCACUCCAAAUAUCGACAGAAUAGUGAUGGAAUAAAAACAGGCGCUUUGCUCAGCGUAGUGAUGGGAUGAAAUUAUUUAUUGGCGAGUAAGUUAUAUCGUAGUUAGCUCCACCCUAGUUCGAUAAAGAAUAGAACCUGUUUUUAUUUUUUAAUCCCUCUAUUUAAUGUUACUUUAAAAUAUUUACGAUACCUUUUUUCCUUAUUAUUACCAUUAGAGUUAAUUCUUUGAUGUUGGUUAUUAUGUAUUUCAGUAGGUAAUAUAAUAAUAAAUAGGUAAUUUUGUGUGUGAGUGCGCACUUGGCCCAUAGUUGGAAUAUACGAGUCCUAUCUGUAUUUUGUUUGCAUCGUCGCGCCGCGACGCCACAAGGCGCCACGCCGCGCCAUAACGCGCCACGAAGCGCCAUAUGGCGCCUUGGCGCCGCGCAGAUACUUCAUUGAACAGAUCUCUUUCCAUAAGACGAACUUUGGUUGUUUGUGUAUAUUUGUUUGGGAACUAGAUUUAAUAGGUUAAAUUUGUAAAUUUGUUUCGAAAUAAUGUAAUAGCAGUUUGUUUGGAGUAUUUUAUUGUUUAUCUUCCAUAUUUUCUGUAAGUGUACGAGCGAGCUACGAGUAAGUAAUGCUACGCGGUCCGUGCCAAAGCAUGCUUGGGGCGCCCGCUAAGGUUGCGUUAUUGAAUUCAAUGAAUUUGUGAAACUUUUCCUUCUCGUUUUAAGGGCUUCUACCAAAUAAAACUAUUGUUUUGAUUAUUUCAUUGUAAAUAAUUUAGCAUUUAGUACAAAAUCGGUGGAAGAAUUAAUUAUAUAAAUUUAAAUUAUAAAAAAUAAUCUCAAUACGAAGGGCCCGCGGCAUAUCAUUGGGAGGCGUGGCUUAGUGAUAAUUAUAACGAAAUUCAGUUCUGCCAACAUAAUAAUUAUAUUUUCUUAAGCGAAAUCUAAAUCAAUAAACCUUUAAAGUCAAAUUGCUUGCUUCGUGAUAUUUAUAUAUGUUUUUUUACAACAAUAGUGAGAAAAAUAAGUACAUGGGACAUAAGGAAGUUUAUUUGCAUUAAAUAUCGCACUGGAUUUCAAAUAUCUUUUAUGUUUUUAAGGAAAUCGAAGACCAAGGUGAUGAGUACCAUGUAAGAUGAAUUAUAUUGUUGACAUUAAAUUUAUUUUUACUUUUAGUCAGAAAAGAAUAUCAAUAUACGGGUGUUUUUACAAGUACACUGCGGUUUAAAUGCAAAGUAAUAUUACAACACAAAAAAAUCCAAUUUCAUCAUAAUAUUUAAGCAAUUUGUGUCAUCUUUUAGUAUAAUAAUAUUGAAAGAAAGAAUCAAUACUGUCAUGGCGGCUAAUGUUACGAGCAUAAUUCGCAAAGUUCAUGUAAAACCACCCAGAAAACGCAUAAUUACAAAAUCAGUGCCGAACUAACGAAUUUUUGGUUUUAGGAAAUUUAAUUUCCACAGCUUAAAAUGUAAAAGAUAGCCUUUACGUCACUAUCGUAACGUGUUAAAGUGCACUUAAAUGGAAUGUACCAAAAGAUUAUAUAAUUUUAUAACAAAGUUAGAGGAUACUAUUGAAGUCGGCGACAGACAAAUUUUGUAAAAUGUUACACUAUGCCGGACGGAGAUAUUUGAUUGUAAUAAUAUACCAUUUUAACAUUAA